AUGGCUUCCGAGACCAAGAUCAAGGUUAAGAACCCGGUGGUGGAACUGGACGGUGAUGAGAUGACCCGCAUCAUUUGGCAGGAAAUCAGAGAAAAGUUGAUUCUGCCCUACCUUGAUAUCGACCUUAAGUACUACGAUCUCGGUAUUGAGUACCGUGACCAGACCGAUGACAAGGUCACUGUUGAGGCCGCCGAGGCCAUCAAGAAGUACGGUGUUGGUGUCAAGUGUGCCACCAUCACCCCCGAUGAGGCCCGUGUUGAGGAGUUCAAGCUGAAGAAGAUGUGGCUCUCCCCCAACGGCACCAUCCGUAACAUCCUUGGUGGUACCGUGUUCCGUGAGCCCAUUGUCAUUCCCCGUAUUCCCCGCCUGGUCCCUGGCUGGACCAAGCCCAUCAUCAUUGGCCGUCACGCCUUCGGUGACCAGUACCGUGCCCAGGACCGUGUCAUCCCCGGCCCUGGUAAGCUUGAGCUCGUCUACACCCCCGUUGGUGGCGAGCCCGAGCGUAUCCAGGUCUACGACUUCCAGGGUGGUGGUGUUACCCAGUGCCAGUACAACACCGAUGAGUCCAUCGCUGGCUUCGCCCACUCCUCCUUCCAGAUGGCCCUCAUGAAGGGUCUCCCCCUGUACAUGAGCACCAAGAACACCAUCCUCAAGAAGUACGAUGGCCGCUUCAAGGACAUCUUCGAGGAGAUCUUCCAGAAGGACUACAAGAAGGAAUUUGAUGCCAAGGGCAUCUGGUACGAGCACCGUCUCAUCGACGACAUGGUCGCCCAGAUGGUCAAGUCCGAGGGUGGCUUCGUCAUGGCCCUCAAGAACUACGACGGUGACGUCCAGUCCGACAUCGUCGCCCAGGGCUUCGGCUCCCUCGGUCUGAUGACCUCCACCCUGACCACCCCCACCGGUGAGGCCUUCGAGUCCGAGGCUGCCCACGGCACGGUCACCCGUCACUACCGCGAGCACCAGAAGGGCCGCGAGACCUCCACCAACCCCAUUGCCUCCAUCUUCGCCUGGACCCGCGGUCUGAUCCAGCGUGGCAAGCUCGACAACACCCCCGACGUUGUCGCCUUCGCUGAGGAGCUUGAGAAGGCCUGUACCGACGUUGUCAACGACGAGGCUAUCAUGACCAAGGAUCUGGCUCUUGCUUGCGGCCGUAAGGACCGUGAGGCUUGGGUUACUACCGGCGAGUACAUGGCUGCCGUUGAGCGGAGGCUCAAGUCCAACCUCAAGGCUCGUCUGUAG